CACGCCAACGUCUUUACCACAGGGAGCGAGACGAGCAUCACUGGAGUGAAGUUGGCAGCCGAGCCAUCGGACCUGUCCGUGACAGACGCGGACAUCACUGGCACCGACAGCUCUGCGGCGCCAAGAAGCGUCAUGUGCAGCUUUGACAACGGGGGAGGAUUCACGCUGCCUUCUGACGCGAAGAAGUCACCCUCGACACAGGCCCAUGCAGAGGGCCGCUACGUUACCAUCGACGAUUUGUCAACCGACCGGGCCGACGUUACUGAACCCACCCGCCGGAGCUUUCCUGUCGACGUGCGGGAGCCGGUGUCGCCGUUUGACCUCGAGUGCCCACUGGUGGUCGAGCCGGGCCAGCAGUUUGUCUGCACCGUGAGGGUGUACCGCGGCUCUGGCAUGAGCCUUACCCUGGAUGGAGGUGACAGCAGUCCACCCGAGACCUGUCGACUACCUGAUCCCUUGAUGUUCUCCAUCGGAACUCCGUCUCCUCUGGCGCUCAGCGCAGAGACUCAGCACUCAGACUUCACUUUCAGCAUUAUCUACGAGCCCGAACGGGAUCACCGCAGCAUGGCCGUCACAACAUACGGGCUGGAGACAUCGGUCAAUAAAGCCGACCCGCUAUGCUCGGACUGGGGCUCGUCCAGUGACCGGGCUGACCCUCUGCACACUGCCGGCCCCACGGGAAGCCGCGCCUUUCUGCGCGCCGACCUGGCCCAGGCGGUCCAGCUCACUGUCAACCACACCUAUGACGUCAUCGGGCGCUUCAGAUUCGCCGCGGAGAUCCGCCGCUCGGACCUGGACUCGGCCCAGCACCAGGAGCGCGUAGUGCACGUGCAGGUAGGCACCACGGACUGGAGGAAAGGCUGCAUCUGA